AUUACAUCCUGCGUUUUCGGACCUUCGCGAUAACCACCGCAAUCGCAUCUUGGCUUGACCGACAUCAAUCAUCCACUCGUACCGUCCGGUGAGCAGUCCGCAACAUUCCAUCUUCCCUCAACCAUCGACUGCAUCGACAGGUCCAUUGCGUUAGUUCGUUUGAUAUUACCUGCAGCAACGAGACCGAGUGCGGUUAUUAUUGAGCCAGCCAAUUCAUAUCUCGACAGUCGGGCACCGUUAUCUGACGUUGGCGCCCAGAUUGUUCUCCAUUCACUACUCGUGUUACCUAGCACAAAGACCUGCGGACCCCUUCGAUCGCAGUCUUAACACAUAGGGUGCAUUGCUACAUCCUUAGCCUGGGAUAUGAAAUACGGCGACACAUUGCGCCAAAGGAGCAUUCCUGAAUGGGGCCAUUUUAACAUCGACUAUGAUUAUCUCAAAGACUUAAUCAAGCACCAGACGACAUCUGGCACGAAUAAAGCCGUUUCGAUCCCCGGAUCAGGCACAGGCAGCACAGAGAGAGCCUUUAGCGAAACGUUCCUCAAAGUCCUGCAGGCGCAGCACGAUCGCAUAAACCUUUUUGUCCGGAGCAAGAGCGGGGAGAUCGAACGGCGAUUGGACCACAUCGGAAGGAGUCUGGAACAGUUGCGCUCAAAGCAAUCGCCUGAAGGUCGUCUGCCAGCCAGGACAGUUGAGAGAUACGCAAAGAUAGACGCGGAUGUUGCACGGACUUCCGAGGAGAUCCGCUCGCUUUCACGCUUCGUAGUCGUUCAGCGAACGGGUUUUGCAAAAAUCCUUAAGAAGUACAAGCGCUGGACGACAGACAGGGAGCUUCCUCACACCUUCAAAGAUGAGGUCACUAGCCGUUCAGACAGCCUUUUUCAGCUGGAUCUAGGCUACCUUCUCGAUCAAUACAUCGAUGUUCUCGGCGCGCUCCGCUCAGUCUUCGAUAGCGAAAAUGUAUCCAUGGUUCACAUCAAGGAUGCUGAUGCCCAGCUGCCGGCUGCACGCAUCUCGAAAGCUCUCGAGCAUGAUGACCAGCUGGAUUUCGAUCUUGCUCUGUCCACUGUACCACUGGGCACCAAUGGUCAAAAGGCCACGUACUGGAUACACCCCGAUCAUGUAGUGGAGGCUCAAGUGGUGCUACUCCAACACAUGCGACUUCACACCAAGAGCACCAAGCUCACAUCACGGAGAAAUUCUGUCAAUUCAACGCCUCUGCGCCGCAAGUCCUCAAGCGCCCUUACUGAUCGUUACUUUGGCAAUGAAGAUCAAGUUGGUCUUCAAGUACUGGACUACGCCGAAGCUUUUGCCAUCAAGCAGAACGCCAGUACUAUUGGCUCUAUUGAGGAUGAUAAGGGCAACGUCGGCAUCAAGGCGGCCGCCAAUGUUCGCUUCUCUGCAGCGGCUGACGCUGCGAUUGUCGUAUGUACAGCGAGCGACUCUCGUACACAGUCACCUGACGACAUCAAAAUCGCGAAGCUGAAGCGCAAGUUUACAGAGGCCUUCCUGGACACGUCGAAACCACUGCCAGAUAAGCAGAACGUUCGCUUUGUGGAUCGCACAGGGUCCUUCGAUGAUGGCGAAAUGGAAACUCAAACAAUUCGACAAUGGCUGACUGAGCACAAAGAGAUCACGCCUAUCGCUGGUGUAGGUGCUUUGCGCACCAGGUUCGCCGGAUUGCACAACAAUCCUUUGGGUGGUAUUUGGGCUACGUUGGACCGUGAGAUCUUCAUGAAGGAGUCUCUAGUCAAGGACUUGGGGAGCGAUGAUUGGGCACAGACGGCGAGUCGAAGCUCGACCAAGUUCCCUCACGCUCUACUGGAGGUUCGUCGUGAGGGAAACUACGCUGCAUCCUUGAUCCAGACACUCGACCGGAGUCAUCUGGUCGAGCGCAUACGUGGCUUCUCUAUCGAGGCGCAUGCUGUGUGGACAUGCUGUAAACCCAGCUCCAUGUCUGCACCUCACUGGAUCUCGCUCCUCGACAAGGAUAUUCGCAAGCUACCAGACCCGGUCAAGAGGCAAAGCCGCAAGAACAGAGGCAGCACAAGCGGCUCCAAUACACAGUCCUCACCGCCAAUGACUUCGACCUCCAACACCUCAUUCGACGGUCAGCUGAGCCCCUCGACGCUUCGCAACGGCGAGUCCUCCGCGACCUCAGCACAGGACUUCGUGGAUCCACCUUCCCUGCAAGCUUUCAGGAAGAAGCACCGCACGCCAUACGCGGAUUAUCCACCUCCGGUUGUUCGAGAAGAGCCGGAGACGCAGCGCUAUUGGAACGAAUAUGACCAUCCCGAAGACGAGGAUCAGGGAUACUACAUCUACGUCGAUCCGAAUGCUUCCGCCAAGUUCCCUGGGCAAGAGACGCUCGAAGCCUGGACAAAGAAGACCAGGAAGAUGUUCGGCAUGCGACUUCAGGCAGAAGAACACUCUCUCUUGUCCGCCGAUGUCACAACAGACGACGAAGACUCUGGAAGCGAGAGCCCGUUGGGUUGGAACCUUCGGUCGAAUUACGGCACUAUCUCGUCGCAGAACGGCAGUACUCACGAGGGCUAUUUUAGCACUAUUUUCCGGGGCAGGAUCAAUCCUUACCAGGAUGCUGAAGCCCUGACAGAGCGUAGAUCCCUGCUUAGCGAGCUGCAGACUCGCGACCGCGAGCGGGAGAGGACUAAGCUCCGCUUCUACUCGACAUGCCUGGCUGCUGCAUUCGCGAUGCACUUCAUCCUCGGCUUGAUGACGAUGACCAGUCGCAAGAAGGAGAGAGGGGCCGUAGACGUAGGUGUGCUUUUUGGUGCGGUGUGCACGCUGGUCUUAUGUAUCGUUGCUGUCGUCAGUAUGAAGACGCGGAGGGAGCGUCUUGGUUGGAUACAUCAGGGUAUUGUUUUGAGCAUUGUGCUUGCGUUGCUCGGAUUGGAUGUUCUGCUGCUGCUAUGGGUUUUGAGGGUAUGAAGGAGGAUAGUAAUGUUUAGAAGGGAGAAAGCGGAUGUAUGAAUAGGUGAAAAGGCAUAUACGGGUAGGAGGGUACGCACAUAUUCAUGAGGAAGGAGGAAGAGGAUGCGGGUAUCGCUUCAUUUAGUUUUUCAGCGUGUUCGGCGCUCUGGAGCGAUCGUUUUGAGCCAAGUCGGAUAUCCUUGGAUCUCGAGCCUGGGAUCGGAUCACGUUGGAAAUACCAGAACUGGGACGAGGCGCUGUGGUGUAGGCAUGAGCGCGAUAGCCUCUGCACGUCCUGUUAGUAUGCAUACAUGCAGAUAUCAUUAACGUAACCCAAAAGAAUUCAAAUUUCAAGCAGAUUGAAC